GCGACUGCAAGAACAUCAUGGUAUGAUGCUUGUGCGCGGGCAAGAUGUCGGAAAGUAUUGGACCGAUCUCUUCAGCAGUCGUAGUCCCAGAGGCCGAAGUACAGAAAUCCCCGACUUCGAAACGAAGACAAUCUUCCACAUCCGACACGGUCUCCAAACGUCCCAGACUAUCGCAUGAUGAACACGGCGACUCUCCAUCUACUCUUCGCGCAUCUCCGCAAGCUACCGAACCUACUCCCGAACCACCGAUAAUACCCCAAGUUGAGAAAGAGAAGGAUGAGGUUUCAAAGAGAAGGAAUAGCAGCAGCGCUCAAGAGGAAAAGAAACGAGGUCGGCGAUUAUUUGGUGGACUCCUCAGCACAUUGAGCCAGAGCACGCCAAAUGGUCAGCAUAAGAGACGGCUAGAGAUUGAGAAGCGGCAGGCGGAAAAGGUUAGACAGCAACAGGUUGAUGAUGAGGCGCAAAGGGCAGAGAAACUUGCGAAAUUGAAGGCCAUUCGGAAAGUAGAGCAGAUAAAGUUCAAUGGGGAAUCAAUGCGAAUACGACAUUCGAACAUGCUGGCCAUGGCAAAUUUCCUGUGUACAAAAACAGAACCGAAGCUGUACUAUAAGCCAUGGGAAUUACGGCCGGAAGAGGAGGACUGCAUCAAGACACAAAUCGCAGAGGUCGAAGCCCUCAUAGAACGCGAACGCGAAGAAUUCGACAGAUUGUAUCAAGAAGAACGAGGCCAAGAAACGUCAGAGGAUGGAGAUAAAACUAAUAACAUGUCCAAGGAGACGCUGGGUGAGCCUCAUACCGAGUCUCCCUCUAUUUCUAAUGUUGAUACUACUAAUCCUCCUGUUCAAGCACCUCAGUCGGAUCAGAUCACGACUGAGAAACACUCUUUGGAGGAGCACAAUGGUGAAGUUAUUGUGGAGGCGGAGGAAGAUACAGUCAUCUACUGAUCCGACAGGACUAGCAUUUGUUUUCCUAUUUGUAUGAACAAGUUUCUCUAUGGGGUUCGUCGGGUGGCAGGCUAUUGAUACCCCGCGUUCUUGUACGAAAUACGUAGACACAUCUCAGUCUUGUUUGGGUCAAUUCGACGCCUCUCCUCGGAGGUAUAAUCUUGGACAACUUCACAUGCACUCUUGAUACAUCGAACUAAAUUCUCUCCACAAGCGACGAGGGGUAUUGAUUGUCAUCCGAAUUUCCGCGCUUAGAUUCAAGCUCGAGGCGACUUCAAUUCAAUAAGGUUCAUGAGGGAGGUGGG